UCUUGGGGCUGAUGAGGCGGUUGACAUUAGAUUCAUUUUUAUAACGCUCUGCUUUUGACCGAUAAUCAAAAUUUUUAAGGGGUGGGUGAAUCCAACGACGCCCGGGGUUUGAAAUGCGCUGUGGGUAGUGUGAUAUCAGGUGCCCGAAUAACAUGAUAUCGUCUUUUUUAUUGAGGAAAAAAUAAGUAUGAUCAUCCCUUAAUCCGGGCAACCAGCACCGUAACAGUAUUGACUUCUCAUCCCUGACCAUUGACACGUUGACUGAUGAUAACUGAUCUUCAGUCAACGAUUGACACAACUGUUGCUGUAUGCCUAUUUGAAGGGGCUGGCAAAAACUCCAUGGGCUAAAGUUGCCGGUAGGAAAACUUAACAUAACCAAGCAUCUAGCCUCAUGCCAUUAUUUAAGAUACUGUUACACAAGACGUCCAAAGUUUGACACGAUAAGCCUGACACAAAUCACGAAGCUGCAACUAUGGCUUCUGAAAAGUUAGUUUCCUGUGGAUUGGACUUUUGUUCAGUCCCUGAUCUGAACAAUUGUUUGAUAACUGCAACCUCUGCUAGGUAUGAUUUCAUAUGCAUACCCUUGGUACAUCCAAAGUUGAAAAGAGAAUUCAACAAUAAUGAUAUGAAAAAACGACCUGGGCCGUUUACUAGAUCCGAUAUGAUUCUCUGUAGUUCAGAUUGGAACAACUUGGUUGUUGGCAAACUGUCGCCCUACAUUGACGUUGACGUGACCGACCCCAUAUCGAGAAAAAACAACGAGGAGACUCUGAAUCAGGAGUUGGCUUUGGCAGCCCACUUGGGUUUGCCUGCUAUUAGCUUUAAGCUCACGCGGAAUAUAAAUCGCAAUAUUAAUUUUGCAAGAAUGAUGCAUAACAAAGCGACAACAACCUACACUGUUCAGAUAUGGGUGCAAGUUCCAAUGGAAAAUCCAGCAAAACAAGCCAAUACGUACAGGUCUGAUAGAGGAGACGAUGAUCCUGUGGAAAGCACAUGGGAGUGGUGGAAUUCGUUUAGAUUAGUCUGCGACUUUCAUGUAAAACUUGGAGUUGCCUUGAUCGUUAGCCACGAUAUACCCAGUUCUGAAGAGAUAGACAGAUGGCUGGGGGAACCUGUGAGAUGUUUGAUCCUGCCAACAACGAUAUUCAUCACUAAUAAGAAGGGUUACCCAGUAUUGAGCAAAGCGCAUCAAAUGUUGUUAAAAAAAUUCUCUCCGCUGAGAGUACAGCUGAUUCUGUCCGGGUCCAAUAGGCAUCAAGAUAUUACUUUUUACCACAAUUAUCUUAACCAUCUUGCCAUGCAGAAUUAUCAAAGAAAUGGACCAGUUGAAAGAUUCGCCCGGGGUUACGAAGACUACUUGCAAUGCCCUUUACAACCAUUGAUGGACAAUCUUGAAUCUCAAACCUAUGAAAUAUUUGAGAAAGAUCCUUUCAAAUACAAUCAAUACCAAACUGCCAUUCAGCAAGCAAUUCUUAGUAAGAUUCCCGAGAGUGAAAAAGAUACUAAAACUCUAGUUAUUAUGGUUGUUGGGGCAGGUCGUGGACCCUUGGUACGGGCAGCUUUGAAGGCUGCUGAGAAAGCUAAGAGAAAAGUAAAAGUAUAUGCAGUUGAAAAAAAUCCCAAUGCGGUUCUGACACUACUUGCGCUGGAAAAAGAAAUUUGGGGAGACAAAGUUACUGUUGUGUCAUCUGACAUGAGGGAGUGGAACGCGCCUGAAAAAGCAGACAUCCUUGUAUCCGAGCUCCUCGGAUCCUUCGGAGAUAAUGAACUUUCACCAGAAUGUCUUGACGGCGUUCAACAUUUCCUCCAAGCUGAUGGAAUAAGUAUACCGAGUUCAUAUACCUCAUAUGUAAGUCCAGUGCAAUCCUCCAAGUUAUACAACGAAGUUAGGCAGUGUAAGGACAAAGACAAGCAUCCCCUGGCCCAUUUUGAGACGCCUUACGUAGUUCACCUUCAGAAUAAGUACGAUAUUGCACAACCGCAGCCUCUCUUCACAUUCAUUCAUCCUAAUAAUGAACCAAUCAUUGACAAUAACAGGUACGAGGUAAAAAAGUUUGCCGUCACUCAAAAUGCAGUCCUACAUGGCUUCUCCGGAUACUUCGAUGCAGUGUUAUACAAUGACAUCACUCUGAGUAUCGAACCAAACACACACAGCCCUGGAAUGGUCAGCUGGUUUCCAAUAUUCUUUCCAAUCAAGGAAGCUGUCUUGCUUAAAGCUGGGGAUCAGGUUGAAGUACAUUUCUGGCGAAGAUGCAAUCUGAAAAAUGUGUGGUACGAAUGGUGUAUCAGCAAACCUGUACCAGGUUCCAUUCACAAUCCAAAUGGACGUUCCUAUACCAUUGGACUUUGAAGUGAAGUGAAAGAUGUGGGUUCUCAGUUCUCGAUAAAUAAGCCUUUAAUGAAUGGAGACUUCUCUUCCGUUAUUUUCUACAA